UUCUAUGUUCUAAUGGGAUUAUCGGGGUCAUGCGUUGUAUAUAUAACCUUUGCCGUAACGACAUCACUGCCACGCGUAUAGUUGUUUUGAGACCCAAUGCAUUCAAGUCAAUGGCGGUGCCAGUGAAUACGAUAUUACAGCAACUGUAAUAUGCGCAAAUGCUUGCGACUUGUACGCGCCAGCGGUGCUGGUGUAGACUCCUGCAUUCGUACAUCCAGGUUUGAUCAGGAAACCCUCCUGAGGUUGAUAUCGCUUCCUAGUCGUAGCCGCACGGCCUAUAGCCAUUUUAGGGCUAUCAAGUGUAUACAUUUGGGCAAUCGCAGUGUUGAUAGCACCCUGGGUGCUAAAUCCCAUCUGGUGUCUCCUAUGUUAAAAACUGGUAAUACAUACAGAUAUAAGCACAGCCUCCCAAAACCGCAGUUUAGUGAGGACCCAGCGCAGGCAAAGGCAGAUUCCAUCCAUCUAUGUACUCAUCAAGUUGGCUAUUCCCUGGUAAUACGGCGUAUGUGCGGGUUAUCGAUGCCACCAACAGCGUCACUGAAGGCAUUAAUACUACAUAAAACAGCGAGAGUCUUUCCUAUAGAAUUGAGGUCGAUACUAUACAAGUUUUGUGCAAGUCACAUGGGUGAUAUGAAUCUAGAGGAGCUCAACAUGAUGGGUAAAAUCGUUGACACGGCUCUCCAGUGUAAUGACGCUAGCAUUCUGGGUUACAUCACUGCAAAGCGCCCAGUGGAUGACGCGAUGCUCAGUAUGGCGCCUGUAUGGACAAAGAUAUUGAACUACGUAUGGAAGGACCAUCCUUUGUUGCAAGACCUUAAAGCACACUCUAGUGUGAUGACUGCGGGUACUAUACACUGUCAACAUGUUUCCACAGGGGCGUGAUGUUGUAUAUGCUAGAACGAAGUACAUAUGGCGUCAUUAAUGGAAUCAUUCGAGUUUACGAUGGGAUCUCGACAUGUCUGCAGCCGUUAAAUAUUACUACCGUUACUGGAAUAUGAAUUGGAGACUACAGAAUUAAGUUGUGAACAUGUAUGGCAGGUUUGCCAAGCACGGAAUGCUAUCCAGGUGGCCUGGGUGGAUAGACAGGCUAGCAACGAUGUUGCGGGGAAAUUACAUUCUCGCGUUGAUUGGGGGUUUCAACGAGUUCUUCGCAGUGGUAAAAUAUGAUGUGAAUAAUAAAUUAAUAGAUGUGUGGCUUUAAAAAUAAUUUAAAGGCAGAUUCGGGUGUAAACUUCUGUGUGAGCGACUGGAUUGAUACCGGCUAUAGAUGCUAUAGAAAUUAUAUAACAACCAGUUCACCGAGGAAUCUUGAAUAUCAUGCAGUUAUUGAUACUAUACCGGCUCGAUAUGGCGUGGAAACGGUCGAGCCCGGUC